AUGGAGGUCAAGCGAGUGAAGAGAGAUGUUAAAACUUUGCUUGAUGAAUAUAUUGGACAGCGACUCAGAGAAACUGGUUUUGAUCCAAAGGGAAAAAGCUCUUCUACAAUGUUAGAUGAUUUGGCCCAUUAUGACUUGGCUAUAAGUGUAGCUUUGUGGUGGCUCAAUAAAGAUAAUGGGAAGAAUGCAGCUGAGAAUGACUACACAGGAAUUGGCAGUUUAAAACAUAUUAGCCAGUACCCUAAUCACCUGGAAAGAGAAGCAAUGAUCCUUUCUUCCUUUGCUGGAAUGCUUCUGAACAGCUUACCUAUAGAAGACAUUCUGUCUCUGUACAAUUGCAAACCAGUGUCAUCUUACCCUCAUAAUAAUACUAAGGGCAAUAUUGUUCACCCAUUCUCCCUCUCUUAUCAUCCAUUUGCUAUGCUCAGUUCAUUCAAAGCAGUAGAUCACUCAAGAAAACACACCCGGGUACUGAAACGCUGGAUCAAGGAACACCGUAAACAGCAGGUCUCUCCAGUAAUAGAGAAACUGGAGUCCUCCUCCACCUCCUCUUCUAGCUCCUCAUUCAGUGAUAGCGAGGACUCCUUAAAAGAUGCGAACUACGAGGGCUCGCAAGAAUCUCUGCAGGACUGAAAACAGCUGCUGUAUAACAAGCAAAUAAUCAAUUUCAUUGUUUAUUAUACACAUGUAACAUUAUUUCAGGUUUUUCUUAUUUUGUCCUUAUUGUUAAAAUAUUAGUUCUUUCCUAACUUUGUUCACAACCACACUGUAAAAAAAUCAAAAGAUGAGAAAACUCAAAUAUUUAAGGCAACAAGUUUCAGCAGAUUUUGGAUUUUAAUUUUUUAUUUUUAUUUUAUUUUUCACAGUGCAUGUAAUAAUAAAGACAGCAGAUCAAUUGACUGGGUUUAUUUUAUAAAUACCAAUACUUUUUACCAACUUUCUUAGUAUUAGUCCUAAGUGUUCAUACAUAGUGUUAUUUUAGAAAUGUAAGGUGUGAAUAAUAAUUA